GCUGCUGUACCGCCUGCCUGCCACGAGGGGGAGCCGCCGCCGCUCUGCUGGGUGUCCUGGCUGCAGGAACUGACCCGGCGCUUCCUUCCUCUUCCUGCCGCCGCCUCGGGGAGAUCUCCCGGCUGCUGUGUACUCUGCGCUGUGCUCGGUGCUGUGUGCGGGUUGGAGCGCUGCUGGCUGGAGAUCAGGGCGCUGGGCCGGAUCUGUGAGCAGACAAGAUGGCGGCCAUUAGCGAUGUCCCAGAAGGAGUGCUGCUGGAAAUUCUGUCUUCCGUCCCCCACCGUGAUCUGAUCCUCCAAUGCCGACUGGUGUGUUCUGUAUGGAGAGACGUUAUAGACUCGCACACCCUGUGGAAGAUGAAGUGUCAGCGUGAUGGGUUUCUACCAAAGGACUGGAGAAAGAAUCCCCCCGACUGGAGAAUGUUCUACGUCCUCAGCUACAAGAAGAGAAACUUACUGAGAAACCCGUGUGCCACAGAUGACUUCAACUUUUGGCAUAAAAAUGAAGAUUUAGGAGAUGGAUGGAAAGUGGAGACGCUCCCGGGAGACCACGGGCAAAGCUUCCCCGAGGAGAGCGUCCGGAAAUACUUUGUCACCUCUUACGGGCCGUGUAUAAAAUCCCAGACCAUUGACUUGACGGAGGAAGGUUACUAUGGCGACUUAAUGGAUGUCAUGCAGCCCGCUAUAGUCAUCAAGGACUGGUACGCGGCGAGACACGACUGCGGCUGCCGGUAUACCUUACUUGUACAGCUGUUGUCUAAGGAGCAUACUGUGAUAGAGGAGUUCUGUCCGGAACCGGUUGUUAUACCACAAUGGAGCGACGCCAAGUGGGCUCAGGUGGAGCACACCUUCAGCAGCUACGGUCCUGGCGUUCGCUACGUACACUUCCAGCACGGCGGCCAGGAUACCCAGUUUUGGGCUGGCUGGUUUGGUAUAAGGGUGACCAACAGCAGCGUGAUGGUGGACCCCGGGAAUCUCACGGCGUGACCUGGUGGUGACGGUUCUGCUGAGCGCAUGGCUCUGUGACGCUGCCAGUGCGGGGACCUCCUGCAGAAGCUGCGCACAGCCCCGGACUGUUACCCAGCGUUACCCGUACACUCUAAUUCCAGCUGCGGACAGGACAGACGCGUACACUGGGGAUAGCGUUGUACGGGGACAUGUACUACAGCUUCUAAAAAUGAGAAGUGGUGCAGUUGCCCAUAGCAACCAAUCAGGUUCUGUCUGCCUUUUCUCUAUUACAGCCUGGAAAAUGAUAGACAGAAUCUGGUUGCUACGGGCAACAUCACCUCUGUGCAACUUUAGAAGCUUUAGUAAAUCUACGCCGUAGUCUCUGUAUAAUCUGCAAAUACAUUCCGCUAACCCGCACCCGCUCCUCUUCCCUCUCUGCUGUACCCGGCGCGGCGAUACGGUGUGUGCCAGGCCCGAGCUCACCCGGAUCCCAAGCUCUGACGUGUAGAAGGCGGGGCUUCAUAUUACGCCUAUUUAUAACCACUCACAUAAUGAUACGACCUCUAGGUAAGUAUCUGUGUCACCCAGUAGCCCGCCACCCCCUAUGGUAUCUGGGAGCAAAUCAUCUUCGUUACAAUGAGAGACUGACCCUAGCACUAUAGGUACAGGGCGUCCUGAGCCCGCGUCCUCGCCCUCUACGGGUCCAGGGCACAUAGCAGAGGAAACAGGCUGCGAUGCUCAGCUGGAGAGUGACGGUAAUCUGUCCUGUCACGUCUCCUGCACUAGGCUAUUACAACACGGUAGGGUGGCCAAUCCCAGGGUCGGGAGCGACGGGAUUUGGGGCCAAAAUUGACAGGAAUUGAUCCCGGGAUUUGGGGCCAAAAUUUACAGGAAUUGGUCCCGGGAUUUGGGGACUGAGCAUUCCUGCUGGGCACUUGGCUCACAGGCCAGUAUAUAUGGCAGCCAUUGAUAGACAGCGCCGGCAGGCAUUUCAAGUGUAGCACUGGCCGCCAGCCAAUCAGGUAAGUGGCACAGCAGCAGCUCCUGAUUGGCUGCCAGACUGCAAGCUCUAUUAGCUGGCGGCCGGCACUACAUUUGAGAUGCGCUGUCUGUGUAUCUAUGACUCCCUACAUCCAUGAUCCUGUCUGUGUUCCCCAUACACCCUCCCUCCCUGGCUGCUCCCUACUCCCCCCCUCCCUCCCUCCCUCCCUGGCUGCUCCCUACUCCCCCCCUCCCUCCCUCCCUCCCUGGCUGCUCCCUACUCCCCCCUCCCACCCUGGCUGCUCCCUACUCCCCCCCUCCCUCCCUCCCUCCCUCCCUGGCUGCUCCCUACUCCCCCCCUCCCUCCCUGGCUGCUCCCUACUCCCACCCUCCCUCCCUGGCUGCUCCCUACUCCCCCCUCCCACCCUGGCUGCUCCCUACUCCCACCCUCCCUCCCUGGCUGCUCAAAAGUUCAAAUUACCAAAUAUACAUAAAUGCUACGAAACAGUAGGGGGCACUGUUGCCUUAAUUUUGAGUGUUAGAAAUAACCUAAAAAUACAAUGUGUAACAUGGAUUAUAUAGAUUAACACACAAGGUGAAACCCAUUGUCUCAGUAUGAAGACUCAAACAUUCCAAUGUUUACAUGUGUCCAACUCCAAACACUUGUCUAUUUUUUGUCCGUCUCCUUAUAACCAGACAAUGGACAUUGCUCUUGCUUGUAAAAUAUACCUGUGUCAGGAAUACUGACACACACACACACACACACACACACACACACACACACACACACACACACACACCAGUUUGUAAUACAUAAAUAUAUAAUUUUUGUAUCACUCCUUACAGACCAUUAACUGGUAACCAAAUCCGCAGAAUGUUGUCACUUUGCUGGUCCCCUCCGGAACACACAGGAUCCAACACAAUUACAGGACACUGCCCCCUGCGCUUGUAUAACAAUUAUGUGUGGUAACAUAUUCCUAGUGUAUUAGGGGCAGAUGUACUAAGCAGCGAAAUGAGUGGAGAAGUGAGCCAGUGGAGAAGUUGCCCAUGGCAACCAAUCGGUAACAUUUAUAAUUUGCAUAAUAUAACAUUAUACAGAGCUGCUGAUUGGUUGCCAUGGACAACUUCUCCACUGGCUCACUUCUCCGUUUUUAUCACUGCUUAGUACAUCUCCCCCCAAAAUAUGAUGAGGAACAACAGGGAGGUGGUGCUGCAGAUAGUGAUUUCCGUACACCUGUAAUACAGCACGAUUAUGCUAUUUAUCACUGAUUUACUGUAUAUCCAGAUUGUAUUUUACUGAGAGUAUAUAAAUAUAUAUUAAAUACAAUGUUUAUUAGUG